GCAGUGGCUGCACCUGACCUUCUGGACCCAAAGUCUGCCGCCCACAACUCCAAACCUCGCCUGUCAUUCUCCUGUCAACCAGUGGUGCUCAACACUCCGGAGGACGAGUGCGACACCCGGAUGACUGUCAUGAGGUGGAAAACUGUGUCAGCCAUCUUCUUCCUGGUGGUGCUGUACCUCAUCAUUGGGGCGACGGUGUUCAGAGCGCUGGAGCAACCGCAUGAACACUCCCAGAAAAUGGCCAUACUGGCUGAAAAACUGCAGUUCCUGCUCAUGCACCCCUGCGUAAACUCCUCUGAGCUGGAGGAUCUGGUCAAGCAAGUGGUUUCAGCGGUCCGCGCAGGAGUGAAUCCGACAGGAAAUUUAUCCCACCAGUCGAGUCUUUGGGACCUCAGUUCCUCCUUUUUCUUUGCUGGGACUGUUAUCACCACAAUCGGAUUUGGGAACAUCUCUCCUCACACAGAGGGAGGACGGAUCUUCUGUAUAGUCUACGCUCUGCUGGGGAUCCCACUAUUCGGAUUCUUGCUGGCUGGCGUCGGGGACCAGUUGGGGACGAUUUUUGGGAAGGGCAUUGCCAAAGUAGAAAAGAUGAUUGUGAAAUGGAAGGUCAGCCAGACGAAGAUCCGUGUCAUCUCCACGCUGCUCUUCAUCCUGUUUGGGUGCCUCAUUUUCGUGGCCCUGCCAGCUGUCAUCUUCAAACACAUCGAAGGCUGGAGCCCACUCGAGUCCAUCUACUUUGUCGUCAUCACCCUCACCACCAUCGGCUUCGGAGACUUUGUCGCCGGAGAGAAAGGUCAUUUGACAGAGGGUGGGUCAGAGAGUCUUGACUACCUGGACUACUACAAACCGGUGGUGUGGUUCUGGAUCCUAGUGGGCUUGGCUUACUUUGCUGCAGUGCUCAGUAUGAUCGGAGACUGGUUCCGGGUCAUCUCCAAGAAAACGAAAGAGGAGGUCGGAGAGUUUCGCGCACACGCAGCCGAGUGGACGGCAAAUGUAUCAGCAGAGUUCAAAGAGACCCGCAGGCGGCUCAGCGUCGACAUAUAUGACAAGUUCCAGCGGGCGGCGUCCAUCAAGCGCAAGCUGUCAUCCGAGUUGGGGAUCAACGCAUCAAUCAAUCAGGAAAUGACCCCUGGCAAGAGAACGCUGUCAGCCAACCUGUGUGAGGACAGAGAUUGUUACCCCAACCUGACACUCUCCCUCAGUCCUGCCCCGGGAGCUCUGACGAGGAAUGGCAGUCUUUAUCUGAACGGCCUCAGCCCGGACUACGCUGAUCGGCGGGAAAUCGCCACUAUCGAAAACCUCAAAUGAGGAGCAAUGUAACAAUGAGUCUCUGAGAACUGACCGAGACACAUCGCAGACUGAACACACUUACAUACUUUUGAUGAGGUACCCAAAUGCAUGAAGUAGGUCAUGCUCCAGCGGUUUAGACAGUUAAGCACAGAUCAGUCCUCAAGAUGUGUACCGUCAUGUUCAUAUUAAUCUUUCACAAACCACAAACAAAGGCUGUGUUCAUGCUGUGAAAGGGAACAGACUUUAAAUGCUUCCCUGCCAACAUGAUCACCGGGUGUGCGUGUACUAAAAGGCAAAUUGGAGACUAUUUGUUACCAGAUUACAGAAAUGGUUGUAUAUGAGCCAUGAAUUUAAGCAUCUCUCAUGAGCUGGAAGGAAACGAGAGCCCAUACUGAGAUAGCAGCACACUGGAUGUCCUCUUCCCACGUUAUUCACUGGAAAAACACACACAUAUACUGUACAUUCAAGUGUAGGAAGCAAUAGAUUCAUCUGUGCUCGUCUCUUGUUGGAUUUCCAGAGGCCAUUAAAUCUGCAUCAGAUCAAGGAUCCUCACUGGUAAAAAAACAUUGCAUCAUCAACAGAGAACUGUGGUUCUCCACAGACAGCCGUCUUGUGCCAAAACAAAAAGAAUGUCAUUUUACUUUUACUUUCUUCUUCUUAAACUAUGGAUUUUUAUGCCUUGCAAUCACCAGUCAGUCCUCCCUCUCUAAAGAGGUGAAUGUUUUAGAUGUUUUAGUUCUUUCCUGAAAUUGACAGAAAUUUACCUUUUCAUCUUAAGGAAUAAUCCACUGGUGCCUUACUAAAAAGAAACGCUUGAACAUGUGAGAACAUUGGCGCACGUAAGACUGAGCAACACUGUGUUUAGUCCAGUCAUUCAUAUUAUAGUACGGAAGUAAUAAAACAGGUUUUUAGUGUCUUGGAAAACUGGAACAUUUUCAUUUUAUGUUAACUCAUUAUGCAUGAGGGGUCAAACUGAAUUAAGAUUUGAGACAAUUUCAUCUCCCUGUACAAUGUUUUAGACAGAGCUGAGAUACUUAAAUUAACACAGUGCCAAGUUUGUACAUCAAACCACUUUCUCCCCUAAACCAAAGUAAUGAUCCUGCAUUUGUGACAGAGGAGGAGGAUCUUCAGGUAUUCACUCUAAACGUAGUGUUGGGAGUGUUGAUUUUAAUUUUCAAAUCUUGUUAGAUUGGGAGGGAGGUCCUUUGCUUGUGUUUUAUGUUGUGCAAAUAGCGAAUGUACACCAUAAAAAACCUUUCAUUUACUGUGUAUUACUGCUGUGACUAAAUAAUCACAAUUUGGAGGUGUAAAAGGUGUAGCAGUUAGAAGUGCAUGGAUUUAUUUGAAUUGAAUUCCUCUGGAUACUUGAGUGUGAUUAACCUUCUGAGGGUAGGUGGAAUAUCUUUCAUGCAUGGUCUUUGUUCACAACACAGCAACUCACCCUCCCUCUCAGGAUAUUGAAUACUGUCACUUUGCCAGCAACCACGGCAUCACUAGACACGUACAAGUUGUCCUUUGGUGUCAGCCACGGUAAUAUUCCCGUAGCAAAUGCUACCAAUGUCAUUCCUGCCUGUUUGCUCAUUAACAAGGUCCUCAUAAUGGGGAGGAAGGUGAUCUUGAGACCACCUUGAGACACCUAAUUUUCGAGUCCUUCCUCUUUUUCUUUAUGUUUAAUUUAUGUCACAUUUAUGUUAGUUUGGUUUAGGCUAAAACAGUUUCCUGGUUAAGGUUUAGGAAUCUACUUGGUUUGAUUAUUGACAAAAAAUCAAUUCAGGAUUAAACUGCACCCCUUCAUCACAUUAAUCCACCAUGUUCGUUUUGAUCCAACAUUGGCCUCUUAAUAUAUGUCUGGAAUAUUGAAAUCUGACGCUAAAGACACUUAUAUGAGUGGCAAUAGGGUCGUGCUAAAACACAGCCGUGCACCACGCUUUCUGAAUAAGACCAGGUUGGAUUUGGAAUAUAAAUAUUUGUUUCUUAUUUCAACACUUUGACUGAAGAUUUUUUUAAUGAUGAUAUUCUUUUUGGCCAAAAAUGAAUAGCAUUUGACGAUAGAGAUGUUUUACUGUUGCCCUGGUUACAGUUGAACUGUCGGAUUUUAUAUGUCAUUGCUUAGUCAGUGUUUAUCCGGGCCAAUUCUGGAUAAAUACAUUAGUUACACUUUGUAGCGUCAGAAAACACAUUUGCCAUUCCUCGCGUAUUACACAAUGAUAUGUCACUUGCUUUGCCAAAUAUUUGUAUGAUUCUCAUUUUUUUGUGUAAACUAUUAGGUGUAUAGUAUUUUGUGUUCAUAUUGGAUUUAUUUGUUUUUUGUUGCAGUGCAUUUAAAGGCAACAGCACUUUGUAUGUUAUUUGUGCCAAGCUAUUUGCACUUUGCUCUUUGCUAUUUGUAAAGCUGAUCCAAUUUUUACUAAGUUAAGCUUUUCACCAACACCAACAGACGUCACAACCAACCAACCUGAUCUUGCAUAUAACUUAGUUGUUACAAAAUAUUCCAAAUCCAAAUACCUCUCAGUUGCACUUGUUGUGAAGCCAUUUCUAAAAUAAACCCACAUUUUGGUCCCAUCCCCCCCCCAUGAUGGAGAGGCCAGACCACCAGACCACGGUUGGGGAGCCUAACUAUGACUUAAACAACACCAUAUUCUAUAAAAAGAACAGGACACCCAUGGCGUAACAACAGAUUUUCUGAAGAGGGGUUUGAUGGCAAUUUUUCAGGCCUCUGGAUUACACCAUAUCGGCAAGAAGCUGCUUCCAACCAAACCCAGUUCAUCCAAAAAUGAAACUGAAAACAAAGCCUGCCGGGCAAGGGACUCUCCACUAGCUGACAUUCAGCUAUGGCAUCCCCUUCCCUUCAUUGGAACGCCAUCCUGAUCCAGGUGAAAGUUUGCCAGGCAACCAAUGGCUAGAGCUAUGGUUAGUCAGUCUGGGGAGCUGGAAACUACUCUAGAUGGCUUUUAAUCAAAUUUAACAAAAAUUUGUGAAGAAACUAAUUGCAGUUUUUUUUUUUUUUUUAAACGUUCUUGUGUUUCUAAAAACAAAC